CACAGGGGUUGAACUGUUGUGAACUACAGUACCGAUAAUAAACUUCGAUACAUUGAAGUUUACGAAUAAUUCAUUAGUGAUAUAUCAAAAUUCAAAUUGUUUGUCGAUUCAUUUUCAAUGAUUGGUAAUCGAUUUGUGUGGUAUUAUUUUGCGAUCGUUACGCGUGUGUGAGUUAUGGCAAGAAGUUUUGUAUUAUACGCCUAUUUCAUUUUCCUCACGUUUUGCCCAGGCAGUUCAAGGAAAUUGAAUGAACUCCGGCACAAUAAACGUGACUCAGAACCUCAAAGUGUAGCAUUUGAUAACACACGAGCCGAGUUUGAAUUAUAUGAAGAAUAUCCUGCAGAUUAUCAAAAUUAUGAUGACUAUGAUAUUGAUAAGACGUUUGUAAACAGAAGAAAUACAAAAGAAAGUCAACGUUUAAAAGCAAAAUUGAAGAACAAUUACGUCUUCAAUACAACGAAUGACAUUAAAAGUCCAUUUAUAAAAGAUAGUGACUAUUCAACAGUCCCUUAUGAUAAUUAUUUGGAUCGUGAUACAUUUAAAUGGCCCAAAUUUGAAGACAUCCUUGCCGCAAUGGGCCGGAUUUAUGACUGGAAGAAUGAUAAAUGGAUUAAGGUGAAGAAAAAAAAGUGGAACAAAAUUAUAACAAAGGAAAAAAAUGAACAUGUAAAUUCGAGCUUAGAGAUUCACAAGAAACAUAAUUUUAUUUAUAGAAGAGUGAAAUUGAAUAGGCCGAAAAGUAAAAGGAAUAUAGUGAUAGCUAUCACUGCAGUCAGAUAAAUAUUUUAUAAACGUUGUAACUGGCAGGCAAAGAUGGUAAUAUUUGAUAAAGUUAAGGGACCAAUCGGAUUGGGUAAUAUUUUCUGGAUUAAAAAUAAUAUUACUUUGUUGAAUGUUUUGUGAACUAGGACUAAUUUAAAUUAAAAUAGCUUAAACCUUUCAGGUCGAUUCGAUGUGCUGAUUUACAUUAUUGUAUUACCAUCAUUAGUUAAGAGUGAUUAGGACAGGUUAUGUAGUAUAAUUAAGAUAUUAUGUCUAUGAUAUUCUCAAUUCACUUUUAAUGGUUAAAUGUUUAUAAUAUCAUAUUUUAUUUCACAAGUAAUAAAUACAUUUUGCGGUCGUUUAAUGUUUAUAAUUGUAGCCGUGAAAAAUAAAGUAUAAGUAGAUAAUCCUAGGGCUGAAAAUAUUUCAUCUUCGAACACUACUAAACUCUUUGCUUUUACAUAGAAAAAUGGAUUUUUCUAAACAUAUUGCUUAAAUAAACCAUUGAACAAUG